UGCGGAGCGGGCCACUUACGCCCGAGUCCCCGGGGGACCGCGGACAGGGCCGGAAGAAGGGGGUUUACGGGGCGGCCGACGUGAUCCCCGUGGCGACCGCUGGGUGCCGUCCGUGAGGAGGCGCAACACAGCGGCGAGAUGGUAGAGGAGGGACGAUCCUGGCCGUGGAGAUGACCGUCCUGCUCCUGAUGAACCGGUGGGCGGUCGGGCUGGCGGCGCCGGUCCAGGCGGGGGCCGUGGUCGACGCGGGCAGCGAGGUGAUGACGAUGGGUGUGGGCCUUCACAAUUGGAGCAACGGGGAACCGCCUUGGCGGUGCAGGCGCUGGCUCUGUGGGCUGCUGCUGCUUCUUGUCUCUGUCACUACUCCCCCCACCCCCUCCUCUCCCUCGGCUCUCCGCCAAGUCACGUGAAAUAACUACUUCCGGCACAGAUAAAGGCGAGAUGUGAUUAACAGAAAAUGCACCAUGCUACUUUGAUUGCUACAUCCUAUAAUGUUGCCAUGACAACCGUAAGAAAAAAUUACCAGAUGAGAGCUGACUGUGGUGGCUUACAAAAUUUAUUCAAUGCAGCUGUCCUAGAUAUUCAUUAUUAUUAUUAUUACUAAUAAUACUUAACCAUGUCUAUUACAACAAUGAAAUCACGGAUAUCAAACUCAAAGAUGAGUGAUGAAAAGAGGGCCUGUACCACCAUGGAUGUGGCUAUGCUAUUACCAAAGAAGUUGCGAAAGCCAGCCACAUUUGGGAAGGAAGUACUGACUCUUAAAGGACCUGAUAUGGUGCGAAAGUUAGUAGUGCCUGGCCCAGAACCAAAUGUUCACCCAAUAUAUUUUGAUAAAGUCGAGUUUUGUCGUCUUAGGAAUCAAUCAAAGGUUUUGACCCCAGCAGAGAAGUUAAAUCAACAGGAAGCUGCUGAAGCUGCUCGUCAAAAAUUAGAAAAAGAGAGUGCUGAGAGGAAAGAAAACCUGAAAUCUUUUGAAAAGCACAGAAUAAAAAGUGUUCGUCUUGCGGAGCUCGAGGUAGAUGCUGAAAGGAAAGCAGCCCACUUACUUGCAAGAGCAAGAGAACUACAGCAAGAAUCCCAGGAUGAAGUAAAGAGUGCAAAUAGGCUUAUAAUCAGCACCAAGUGCCAUGCAAUUCGGUCUGCACAGAUAGCUGAAAAGCAGCUCAUUCAGAAAGAACUAGCAGCAGAGGAGCAGCGUCUAGACAAAAUGAUGGAGCAGCAAAGAAUAAUUGGGCUGAAGGAAGAGGAAAAACGCAAAGAGGAGGAAUCUAUUAAAAAUCAACGCUACUUGAAGGCUUUAUUACAUCAAAUUCAGGAAAAUGAAACAGAGCGCAUACAUGAAGCAGAACGGAAAGAAGAGGAAAGCCGUUUGAUGAAUGAAGCUGCUAUGCAAGUGCAAUUAGAUGAGCUUCAAGCAUACCGCAACAAGCUUGAGGAACAAGCAAGAACACGUCAAUAUUUGUCACAAGUCAAUGAGCAGCUUAAAUACUUCCAGGACUUGGAAAGAGAGGAAAAGCGGCAAGCUGAACUAAAAGUGCAGAAAUUCAUGGCUGAUAAAGCAGCACGAGAAGCAGCACUUGAGGAGGAAAAGAGAAAAACAAAACUUGCAAAAGAACUAGAAAUUGCUCGUUUACGAGCUGCCCAGGAAAGGAUGUCAGAUCUCAAAUCACAACAAGAUGAACUGAAGGCAUUGAGAACACAAGAUGAAGUUGAACGCGAAUGGCGGAGAAAGGAAAAGGAGGAGGCUAUGAAAAAAGCCAAGGAAGAACAUGUACUUAAGCUAGCAAGACAAGAUCAAAUAGUCCACCGCCGUAGUAUGCAGGCUGUAGAGAUAGCGAGAGAGAAGCAACAGUUUGAGCGAAUAAUAAGAUCCCAACGAUUAGAUGCUGAGCGAGAAAGAUUAGAACUGAUCAAAAAGCAAUCUGGUUUGGAAGCAUACCGGACUGCCAUACUGGAGCAAAUAAAUGAAAAGGAAAGGGAAAGGAUUCAAAUGAGAAAAUUGAAGUUCCAAGAUGGAGAAGCGCUGCGAGCUGAAGAGGAAAUGAGAAAACGAGAACUUAAUCUCACAAUGAAACGUAAACUUGAAGAGCUGAGGGCAAACAAAGUUCCAGAUACUUACAUAAAGGAAAUAGAGCGUCAAUUAAAGCUCACUGACAUAAAUUGACUUCACUGAUUUUGAGCAUGAUUCAAUUGAUUGUAUGAAGAAUAAAUUUGGGUAUGAUGAAGAAAAGUUUAUAGUGAGGCGGCAUAGUAGUUGCACAGCAAUUAAUUGUAAUCCUAACAUUCUCCUUCAGCACAACCUGCAGGAUAAGUACUGUAUCAUAAUUUUCACUGAGAAACCACUGUAUUGACUUAUCAGAUGAGACACUUUGUACCAGGUAGAUUGUGCUUGAGGUUGAGUAAUCAAGCUGCUUGGCAUAUGAAACAUACACAGUUUUCAAUAAAAUCUAAGUUACCAGAAAGAAAA